CUUCUAAUUCCAAACCAGUGAAUCAUAUAAUCAAGCCUUAAUAUUUGUUUUCUGUUUGUCUUUCAAGUAAAUCUGCAAUCUCUGUUUCAAGAAAGAAGCUAAUUAAUGGCGUCCAGGCAAGAGAAGGUGGACAAAGCGGAGGCAGAAGCGUGGCAAGCUGCGCGUGAUCUAAAAGAUGCUAAUAGAGAAAAAGAAUAUGAAGAAAGGGCAAAAAUGGAGACAGACCUGCAACAAGAAGAAAGACCAGGCGUUAUUGGGUCUGUGCUAAAGAAAGUUGCUGAUACCUAUGAGCAUGCCAGAGAAGCUGUUGUAGGUAAAAGCCAAGAGGCUGCUGAGAAGGCGAAGGAAGCCAAUUAUAAAGCAGCUGAGAAAGCAGGAGAGACUAAAGAUUACACUGCAGAGAAGGCGGCGGAGACGGCAGACGCAGCUGCAGGAAAAUGGGACGAAACAAAAGAAUCUGCAAAAGAGAAGGCGGACCAGGCAAAAGAAAAGGCCAAAGAAACGAAGGACUCGACUACGGGAAAGUUAGGUGAGUACAAAGAUUAUGCAGCUGAGAAGGCGAAAGAGAGUACAGAAAUGGCGAAGGGAAAGGCUGGAGAGUACAACGAUAGAGCUGCAGAGAAGGCGAAGGAAACGAAAGAUUAUACAGCUAUAAAAAAGACCAAGGAAAAAGCAAUUGAAACAAAGGAUUACACUGCUGAUAAAACUAAAGAAGCUGCAGAGAAGACCAAGGAAAAAGCAAUUGAAACAAAGGAUUACACUGCUGAUAAAACUAAAGAAGCUGCAGAGAAGACCAAGGAAAAAGCAAUUGAAACAAAGGAUUACACUGCUGAUAAAACUAAAGAAGCUGCAGAGAAGACCAAGGAAAAAGCAAUUGAAACAAAGGAUUACACUGCUGAUAAAACUAAAGAAGCUGCAGAGAAGACCAAGGAAAAAGCAAUUGAAACAAAGGAUUACACUGCUGAGAAAGCUAAAGAAGGGAAAGAAGGUGCAGCUAGUAAGCUUGGUGAACUCGCUGAAUCAGCUAAAGGAGCAGCAAGGAAAGCUAUGGACCUCUUCGGUAAGAAAGAUGAAGCAAAAGAAAAAACAUCAGAAACUAAAGAAGCAGCUAAGGAGAAACUUGGCGAAGCAGAGGAGGAAACUAGGCGGAAGAUGGAGGAGUUGAAAAUGGAAAAAGAUGAGGCAGAGCAAAAAGACAUUGAAGCUGAAAGGGGAAGUGCAGCAAGGGACAAUAUUUUUGAGAAGGCAGGAUUAGGGAGCAUCAAAGACUCCAUUAAAGGGAAGCUUACAAUGCCACGGGACGUCGUGGGAGAAACGUGUGCUGCACGUGAGCAUGGAGGCACAGGAAGAAAGGAAGAGGUGGUGGUUCUUGAAGAAACACCAGCAGGAACCGUGGCAUCCACCCUGAAAGAGUCUGAUCAGAUUAGUGCUCAAACUUUCAACGAUGUUGGACGGUUAGAUGAUGAAGGUGUUACUCAUCUAAAGGUCGUCCACCGUUCAGACAAUAAGUGAUAACGUCCACCGAAUUCACGGUGUACUUCCUACUUCUUUUACUUUUUCACUUUUACACCACCAUGUUCAUUAGUAGCUUUUUGGGCCUUCUUGUUGUGCUUUUUUUUUGUUUUGAGUAACUAUAAACAAAGCUUUUGUGGGCUUGUUUGCCCUUCUGGAUCUUAUGUGCCUAAUCUUAUAUGGAUAAGAUUGGAAGGUUAUCAUCUCUGUGAGUUUGUAUUGUAAUUUAAUGGUUGUGAUGUGAGGUUUAACAAGCGGACGUUGAACUAUUUAACGCUCA